CGACCCGUGUAACAGGAGACAUAUAAAUACAGGGCAGUCUGAAGACAAGGAUUAUUCUUUCAGCGAUUUUUAAAGCGACUACUACAGUCAAAAAUUAUCAUGUGUCGUCUUGGUUUUAUCUUGAUUUUCGGGGCAUUAGCGCUCUUGACUAAUUUGCAGAGAGCUGACUCUUUCAGCCAUAACCGUUUGAAUACCCCUGCGCUGACCCAUGAUACAGACUCUCUCGAACACAAUGAUGAUAGCAACGAAGGCACUGGAAUUCAACCAGAAACAAGUAUCGCUCAAUCUGACGAAGACCAUCUCAAUUCGGAAGAAAAUAAAAUAGUUAAACGAGACAGCCGCUUUCUCAAGAAACGAGAUGUCCAUCAAAUAGCCAAGACAAUUUUUGGACGGAUCGAUUCUUCAGAAGAAGACACGACGGACGGCCCAUUUUUUGACAGCCGUUCUGAUGAGCAUUCGGACGAAAAAAGGAUCGUGAAACGGGACGUCCUACAGGCAAGAGGUGACCGCUCAUCAGAAGAGGAUACAACGGAAUCAGCAACUGUUGGCAGCCAUUCAGAUGAGCAUGACGACAUCAGUUUGGAAGACAACAGGUUAGUUAAAAGAGAUAUUCGCUUAGUAGCGGUUGAUCGUUCGUCUGAAGAAGAUACAACAGCAGCAAGGCUUUUGACAUCAGACCACUCUUCCGAAGAACAAACGACGGAUAGUGUAUUGGACCGUGCUUCGCUGGAAGAUUCAGUUGAAGACGCACUUGUCCGAUCACCAUUAAACGUCAAGCUGUUGCCUUCGACUGCGCUCAGAAUUUAAAUCACAUUUUAGGCAAUCUUUUUUUUUUUCUAAAAAGUUUUUACUGUUGUACCUUCUCGUGACGCAAAUAUAGAUACAUUGUUUCGUA